AUGAGCGAGCCGGAUCGAAUUGUCGGGGAGUUGCUUCAGCCUGGUGGCGUUGCGGCCUUGGGAGAACUCGGAUUGAUAAAUUGCCUCGAAAACAUUGAUUCCAUCCCCUGUCAUGGUUAUGGAGUAUUUUACAACGAUGAGGUUGUGCACAUACCUUAUCCGAAGACCGAAGGGGGCACCCCCCACCGAGGCCGAUCCUUUCAUCACGGCAGAUUUAUCAUGAACCUUCGAAGAGCCGUUUCCAAGGUGCCAAGACGUUGUUGGCCUGACAAUCCUUCGUCAACCGUCCAUCCAAGCGUUACGAUUUAUGAAGCCACGGCAAAUGAAAUAAUUCGGUGUCCGAUAACUGAACACGUGCUGGGUGUGAUCUGCUCGCCCAAGGACAAUAGAGAAACUUUCAGACGCUUUUUCGCGCCGUUGACAAUCGUCGUUGAUGGAUGCUUUUCAAAAUUCCGUAAAGAUUUUAUCCCAAGAGAAGUUCAAGUGAAAUCAAACUUUGUCGGGUUUGUAAUGAAAGAUUGCGUGCUACCGUACAAGCAUCAUGGUCAUGUUGUAUUGGGAAAAACUGCGCCGAUAUUGAUGUAUCAAAUUGGAAGUAAUGAGACGCGCGUUCUGAUUGACAUUCCUGGUAAAUUACCAAGCAAUGGAACAGGUGCUUUGAAGAAAUACAUCGAAAUGGAGAUUUUGCCCGCGAUUCCGAAAUCCGUGCAGCAAUCAUUUUACGAAGCAAUACAACGUGAACGUCUCAGAUCGAUGCCAAAUAGUUUCUUGCCUCCAUCUACGAAUACCACCGAGGGAUUAAUUAUGUUGGGCGAUGCAAUGAACAUGAGGCAUCCUUUGACCGGAGGCAGUGACACCAAAUUAAUACUGAUGAAAAUGCAUACUUUUCAUUGGAAAAGGAAAUUUAACAGCAGCACCGUAGUCAACGUUCUAGCCCAAGCUUUAUACGCAUUAUUUGCUGCUAAUGUGAGUGACACCGAUUAUUUAGAUCAAAAUUUGUGCGUCCUGCGUGAAGCAUGUUUCGAAUAUUUUAAGCUUGGCGGCAUUUGCAUUGAUCAUCCUUGUGGGAUGCUUGCCGGAGUAUUUACAAAUCCGUUUCUGUUAAUAACCCAUUUCUUCGCCGUUGCUGCCUUGGGAAUAUGGAGACUAUUUGUUAAUGGAAAAAUGGUGCAAAUUCCCGAGAAUAUCGUGAAGAGUUUUAUGGUAUUUUACACAGCAUGCGUGGUGAUUCUCCCUUAUUUGUGGUGGGAAACAAAAUCUUGA